UACCUUCGUAAGUUAUGCCCUUCCCUGCUCCUAUUCCAUCCUCGAACUCACCGUUCCUCUCUCUCUUUCCUCUUUGAUCCCUUCUUUUUAAUCUUUCCUUCUUCCUAAUUCUUUACGUUAUUCAUUAUCUUCUCUACCUUUCGUCUUACUUUCUCUCUCUGCCCUUUCCAGUCUCCGCCAUGCGGAUCCUCUCAUGGCUGGAUUCUUGCUCCACCGUCUCCUGCGCCACCGCCACUCUCCACUCAACCAUUUCCACCUCUACGCCCACCAAGCCCUCUGCUGCUUCCGAUGAAUUCGUUACCUCCUCCGACAUACCCUCUUCUUCUUCUUCUUCUUCUACUACCUCUCGAGACACUACUACUAGCAGUCUCCAUAGCAACCUCUCCGUCCAGACCCACCCUUCUGUUCCUUCUCUCCAGAAGCUUCCCUCCUCCCAUGACUACUUCAAUCGCCUCGUCGUCUCUCAACAUUUCCUUGCUUCUCUAAAUCCUCUCCCAUCUCAGCCUCUUACCUGUCUUGCCGUCCACGGCGAUCUCCUCUACGCCGCCUCCUCCCACCAAAUCAACGUCUACGAUCGCCGCACCUGCACCACCCUCCGCUCCUUCGGCUCCCAACAUUCAUCUUCCGGAUCCACCAAGGCACUUAUUUUUUGCCACGGUAUGCUUCUCACCAGUCACCAGGACUCUAAAAUUCGGGUGUGGAAAUUACUUCCCGAUAAGAAAUAUCAGAAGCUCACCGUUCUUCCCACCGUCAACGACCGUCUACGUCGUUUCAUUCUUCCGAAGAACUACGUCACCGUACGGCGUCACAGGAAACAGCUCUGGAUACAGCAUGCAGACGCCGUCACGGGUCUGGCUGUUUAUAACAACAUUAUCUACUCUGUGUCUUGGGAUAAGAGCAUGAAGAUAUGGCGCGCCAGCGAUUUGCGUUGCUUGGAAUCUGUUAAAGCUCACGAGGACGCAGUGAACGCGGUGGUUGUUUCCAAAGACGGAACCGUAUACACAGGAUCCGCGGAUAAACGGAUUCGGGUAUGGAGCAAACCGGGCGGAGAAAAGACGCACGUGUUAAUAGCGACGUUGGAGAAGCACAAGUCGGCGAUAAAUGCCUUGGCGUUAAACGAAGAAGGGUCGGUGCUAUUUUCCGGUGCGUGCGACCGUUCAAUACUGGUGUGGGAGAGAGAGCACAGUGCGAAUCACAUGGUGGUGAGUGGAGCGUUGAGAGGGCACGGAAAAGCGAUCUUGUGUUUGAUCAACGUUCGUGAUUUGCUCCUGAGUGGGUCAGCAGAUCGGACGGUCAGGAUUUGGAAGCAAGGAGUUCAGGGCAGUUACGGUUGCAUUGCCGUUCUGGUGGGUCAUGAGAAGCCGGUGAAGAGCUUAGCGGCCGUUACGGAAUCGGAAGGUUCUGAACCAAACGGUGACGUUUCAGUGUUCAGCGGAUCACUUGACGGCGAGAUUAGGGUUUGGAGAGUUUCCAUCAGCAUCGACGUAGACGCGGAUAUGAACGACGCUUCCGGUGUCCACAGAUGACCGGUGACGGUGAAGGAUGGAAUAUGCCAAUGAUUAGGAUUUUAAAAUGCAAAAAAUAAACACAAGUUGUAGGGUGGGGAAAAAACUAUAAGAUAAUGAAUAAAUGACACUUGACGUACAGGCUAUAUUCGUUAAUUAGUAGUUUUUUUAAGAGUUUUGAAUCCAAAUUUGUUGAAAUUGAAGAUGAUACGA